AUGUAUAUCCCCCUACGGGAGCAUCACACCGAUCAGGUAUUGGUUUCAAUACCACAACUCGACCCCUCAAAACUCCCAGAUCUCCGUCCAAAUUAUCCAAAUUAUCAGUUUGUUUCGGCGUCGUUGUUAGGGUCCCGCUCAGAUGAAAACACUACCGCCACUCGCCAAGAACAGAAUUCAUUUGAUCUCCCAGAGGCCUUCGUGGGUGUUUCCGUUGCAACAAUCGUCCUGAUGAUUGUUAUCAUAGCCCUAGCCAUGUAUCGGAGAUGUUCCUCUUCUCCUGACGAGACAAAUUCAGACUCAGCCUCAGCGACCACUGAUUCAGCAUGGCGGAUCGAAGACAUUGAGGGACUCGGCAGCAGUAGCGACGGAGUGGUGGCCGCUAAACAUCGAAAACGGCUCAAGAAACUGGACCAAAUUGCGCCAAUCCAGUCUCUACACUCGUGGCGGACAGAGAAACAACAAAGUCAUACCGAGAACUUUGCGACUCUCACUGCAAUUUGCCUGGAGUUAAUCGAGGAAAAGGAGCAGAUCCGAGAACUCCAGUGUGGUCACGUUUACCAUUCUGUUUGUUUGAAUCUAUGGGUUGAAAGAGGUCACCACGACUGCCCUUUAUGCAAAUACGACAUCCUCGGAUUAAGACCACAGGGAUCCACUCAUCAAGAUCAUCAAGAUCAUCAAGAUGUCCAAGAUGACGAGAAUACGGAAGAACGUGAGGCUGCUGCUGCUAGUGCUCUUCCGCAUCAACCUGUCCCGGCUCACAUUGUAGAGAGAAUUGUGGUCAUCAACAACCCACAGCCUCCUCCACCGGCAACCUAG